AUGUCUCGUCAAGAACUGUACCAAGGCUACAAAAACUACGAAACCUCCUACGACAACAUCCAAACGGAGAUGCUUCACCGUGCUGCGGGCAACCAACCGCAGCAGUUCGCAGACACCACCUUUGCCGACCUGGGUCGGCUGAGGCGCCAGGUCGUGGUCGACAUUAUUCAGCUGCGCCAGGAAGUACAGGCCCUCUAUGGGGACGGCGACUUUGGCCAUGAAAAGUCCAUUCAGAAUUGGCAGGAUAUCUUGGGCAGCUUGCCUUAG